CAGGCAAGGCACAGGUGUCACGCACACACACACCCAUUUUGUUGACAUGCACAUUUCUUUUAUCGGUCCACCUUUUUGAGCAUUGAAGAGCAUUAAAAAUGCGACCAAUUUUGUUCGGGACGAUUUUACUGUCAAUAGCGGUCGCUUAUUACGUUUAUAUCCCUCUGCCCAGCAAUGUAUCAGAGCCAUGGGCGCUCUUGUUUACGGAUGCAGUAAUACGUAGCUUAAUGGACGUGAGUUUUUUAGCUCACGACCUCGGACUGAGUCAUCCCUUCGCUUUUGUUAAAUACUUCAUGUCAUGGAAUGAGAUAGAGAGUGCACAGUCCAGCCCGGGCGUCCGUGUCACAGACGCUUCCUUCGCUGGAGUCCAUGCGCGGGUGUUUGAAUCCACUUUAGCAGGCCACUUAAAAAGAGGUGUGGUCUAUUUUCAUGGAGGUGGAUGGACGCUUGGUAGUGCAAAGAUGGAGUCGUAUGACUCGCAGUGUAGACGGAUGGCUGAAGAAUUGGAUGCAAUCGUUAUAUCUGUCGAGUACCGUCUAGCCCCAGAGGCACGUUUCCCAGAUCAGUACAAUGAUGCUCUUGAGGCCUCCAAACGUAUCCUGACAGCGGAGGUGCUGGAUCGGUACUCUAUAGACCCAGAAAGAGUGGCCGUGUCAGGUGACAGCGCUGGGGGGAACCUAGCCUCUGCUGUCACCCAACAGAUGGCCUUAGAUGCCAGUGCACCCUUUAAGUUCAAAGUUCAGGCCCUCCUCUACCCCGUUCUCCAGUCACUGGACUUCAACACGCCCUCCCGCCAGCAAAAUCGCAAUAUGCCCAUCCUGAACGCUCCCCUCAUGGCCCGCCUUUUGCUGGAGUACUUUAAUGGGUCUCAGGCACUUGUUUCUUCUUUGCUGGCGAACAGGCACUUAGCUCUGAAUCAGGGCCAGGAGAUAGCAGCAGCCAAAGCUAAGAUCAACUGGACCCAGCUUCUUCCGGCUGCCGCUCAGAAGAACUUUAAGCCUGUGGUUCCGCUGCAGGGUGACCAAAAGAUGAUCGAGAUUCUAAAGUUUAUGCUGGAUGUGAGAGCUUCUCCUUUACUAGCUGAACAGGAGGUGUUGAAAGCUGUGCCACCCACUUAUAUCAUGACCUGUGAGCUUGACAUGCUGAGAGACGAUGGGCUGAUGUAUGGCAGGCGACUGGAGGAGGCUGGAGUCGCCGUCACCAUUGAUCACUAUGAAGAUGGUUUUCAUGGAUGCACAAGCUUUGCGUUCUCGCCCACUCCGUUCGCGGUUGCAUUGCGAAGUUUUGGAAACUACAUCCGUUGGUUGAAGGAGAACCUGUAGUUGGGUUUAUUGACAUGUAUGGGGACUAAACAUGUCCCAUAUUAAAUUUGCAUUUUAAACAUUGCCAAAUUGUUUUUGUAUUUAAUAGCAAUUUGUAAAGAACUUAACAGCCUGAUGCUGCAGAAAAUGUUUCGGGACUUUUGCUGUUGCAGUAAGAAUGAAUUAUGGGAUGAAACCAGUUGCUUUGAGAGCUGCUACUUGGGGUGUUAGGCACACAAUUAAAUGCAGGGUUGAUUUUCUGAUCAAACUUGAUUUAAUACCUUAGUGUGAUAUGUAAAUGAUUUAUGCAAUGCUAAACUGAUCUACAGUAUAAAAGGGUAGGUAUAUGGGACGCUUAUUUCCAUAUGCAUACAUUUUUAUUCCUUUUGAAUUUUCACAGAUUUGAAUGUGUUAUGUACAUACUCGAAUGCAGGGAAAACUUCAUUUACCACCUUAAUGUAAUAUCUAGAUGAUUUCUGCAAUGCUAAACUGAUCUAUUAAAUUUCAUAAAAGGGUAUUUUGGACCCCGGAACUAGUUUAUUAUACAUUUUUUAUAGAUUUAAAGAAAUGUAUUUCAUACAUUUGCUUGAAUGAAAUAUUCAAGAUUAUAUUUUAUUUAUGUGGAAUAAUAAAAAAGUCUCCGUACAUUCUGUUUUCCAACAAAAAUUAUAUAUAUCUUCCAUAAAUACUCUUUAAGGCGAGCCAUAAAAUCUUCUCUCUAAAGCACAUCAACAUGUUUACCUACACCUCGUAUCUGUUCAAAUACAACACUUUUGGGAAAAAUGUUCUACUUCUGUCUGGGAGAAGCAGAAUGUCUUUGGUGGUUUCUUCGCUGUUGGCAGUCAGCAGUUUUGACAAAAGGGAAUUUCCUAAAAACGGAGCAGUAUGGGGCUUUAAAGAAACAUGAGCUGCAAGGGAGCUGUGGAGGGAAGCUAUCCAUCACUGUUUGCGCAUGGGAAACGCCGGGGGUGCAGAUAAGCGCAGUGGAAUGCUGGUGCUCGCUGUUUUCCUGCUCACCUGUGGGAACUUGCGUUGUUAGUGCGCUUUGACAUUUUCCUCUAAUUGAUAGUGUGGGGACCAUAAUCGAUUUCUGUGUUUAACAAACUGUACCGAUAUUCUCAGGGUAAAUAAAUGUGUUUUGAGUUUUACUAUAAAUAAACAAACAAAUAAAUAAUGUAUUUUAGCAAAACAUUUAGCAAUACUUCUUCUUGACAGCUGUUAUUGUGUUGCAAGCAUUCUGCAUGCCAGUUACCAAAACAGAUACUGCUAUCAUCUUUCAAAUAUGUUGAGUAUGAGAAACACUGAUAUUGUUGUUUUUUUGGGGGAGGCUUAGAUUAUGAUCAUCUUUGUUUUUAAAUCUCACAUUUGUUUUGAAACAGUUUGUCGUGAUUGUGCGAUUCCUGUGCUACACAAUAAAAGAUUGACAGAAAAAAGGAU